AAUUUGCCAAAAUUUAUAUCCCCAGAGAAAAAGAGAAUAGAUUUCUUCCUUUAAUUUCUUCGUCGUUUAGCUUUAUAGCAACGUCAGAGUGAAAGGAAAAGAUGAGAAUUCAGGACAAGAACUCAAAACCUGUCACCAUUCAUGCAUGCGCUGAGACUGGAGAUCUUAUUGGCUUGCAGAGGCUGCUAUGCCAGAACCCUUUUCUUCUCAACGAAAGAACCAUUCUUACAGUACAGACACCAUUACACAUUUCGUCUGGUCAGAAUAGAGUCGAGAUAGUGAAGUAUUUGCUUGACUGGAGAGGGCCAGGGGAAUUGGAAUUGGAAGCUCAAAAUGUUUACGGUGAAACUCCGUUGCACGCUGCAGCGAAGAAUGGUUGCAAUGAAGUAGUGAGGAUGCUUCUUGAUUAUGGCGCCUAUGUUGAGGCCAGGACUAAUAAUUUGAUGACCCCAUUACAUCUCGCUGUUGGUUUUGCACUGCGAACUGGAGAUGACACGUCAGUGAAGACAUUGUUAGAGUUCAAUGCAGAUUGCUCAGCUGAAGAUGAUGAGGGCAUGAUGCCGUGCGAUUAUCUUCCGGAGGGACAAGAAAAUGAAGAGUUGCAUAGAGUCCUGUACGUCGAAGAACAGAGCGACUACAAUACCACGGACCACUCUUCGACUGGAUACCGAAGUGAUGAAGAGUUGAGGAAGUCCGAUGACGGAAUAAAGGGAAAGAUGGAUGAGUUUGAGUAUGAGUUAUCAAAGAUAGUGGGACUACAUGAGCUCAAACAGCAACUCCGCAAGUGGGCUAAAGGAAUGCUGUUGGAUGAGAAACGUCGGAAGAUGGGGUCGAAUCUCGGGCCAAGAAAACCACCUCAUAUGGCAUUCCUUGGAAAUCCUGGGACAGGUAAGACAACCGUGGCACGAGUCUUAGGUAAACUACUCCAUUCUGUCGGCGUCCUUUCUUCAGAUACGGUAAAAGAAGUGCAAAGAACAGACUUGGUAGGGGAAUAUAUAGGCCAAACAGGACCAAAGACUAGAAAUAAGAUUGAAGAGGCGAUAGGGGGAAUACUAUUUGUUGAUGAGGCGUACCGUUUGGCAAUCGAGCAGAAGACAGGUUUUCCAGAUUUCGGCGUGGAAGCGUUAGAAGAGAUCAUGUCUGUCCUGGAAGAUGGAGAUUUGGUAGUGAUUUUUGCAGGCUACACUGAGCCCAUGAAACGUGUGUUCUCUUCAAACGAAGGAUUCUGCAGACGAGUGACGCAUUUCUUCCAGUUUGAUGAUUUCUCAUGCAAAGAGCUUGCGGAAAUGCUGAUGGUAAAGAUGGGCAGGCAAGACGAGAAGAGCCGGCUGUGUGGAUUUAAGCUGCAUCCGUCGUGUACUUUUGAUGUCGUUGUUGCACUGAUAGAGAGGAACUCCACUGAAAAGCUGAGGAAUAAAAUGAACGGAGGUUUGGUGGAUCAUAUGCUCAACAAUGCAAGGGAAAAUUUAGAUUCAAGGCUGAGUUUCGACUCCAAAGGUGACGAACUAUUGACAAUCACAUUACAGGAUCUAGAGGCCGGACUUCAACUGUUAUCCGAGCGAGUGAAGGUCGAUUGAAAUCGUUGUCAGUCUCCACAUUCUCAUAUCGUAGAUAUAUACUUAUUUGUCAAAUUUGCGAUGGCCCUUUUCAUGACGAUGAUCUACUUGGAUGUUUUACACAACACUCGUGACAUUACGGAACAGAAUAAAGCUAUUGGCAUAUGUUGCGAUUCUUGGACGAGAUCCAAAGGCAUCGAGUUGGAUUUUCUGUUGCAA